AUGCUUCACCAAGGGCACUUGAAAGAAUUGAUGAGCGAUCGUGGGAGAGCCAACUUCACCGGAGGGCGGGAACAACACCAGGGACCGCCCAAACCACCUUUCCCAGCUUGGACCAUUCAAAUGAUCAUUGGAGGAGGUGACGACACAUCUAUCAAUAACUUGAAGUUCACCACCACCCACAAACUCAAACAGUCCAUCACUCGCGAACGGUAUGACAAACUCGAAGAAAGUAUCAUCUUUGAUAAGUCAGAUACCCACGGUUUGGUCCUUCCUCACUAUGACGCUCUUGUCACUACUUUACGCAUCUUUGAUAUUGAUGUAAAAUGUAUUAUGGUCGAUGACAGGAGUGGUGCGUGCAUCAUCUACCUUCGAGUUCUCACCCAAAUGAAGCUCGAGGACAAGAUAGUGUUGCGUUGCAUCACGCUAACAGGUUUUAACAAUGCAGUUGAGCAGACAUCUGGAGAAAUCACGCUGCCUGUCCUGGCCGGCAGCGUCACUUUGGAGACCACGUUCCACAUCAUGGACCAGGAUACGUCGUACAAUGCCAUCAUAGGCCGACCUUGGAUACAUGCCAUGAAAGCCGUCCCCUCAAGCUUAUAUCAAGUCAUCAAAUUUCCUACCCUUGGGGAGUAUUCAGCAUCCGAGGAGAGAAACGUACAACCCAAGAAUGCUACUGCAUCGCCCAAGACUGCACAUGCACCUAACAACUAA